GGCUAUUCGUAAGAUAACAUCAACAUCAACGUCAACAUCAAUGUCAAACACUUCAUCAUUCCUACCAAACUACAGUUACUUGAUCCAAUUAUUGAAAGCUUAGGAAAUAAAUUAUACACCAUGCCCCAAAAAGAAGCUGUUUCGACCGACAAGGCACCACCGCCAUUGCCCUUCUUCUCCCAAGCCAUCAAAUGUCAAGGAAUGGUUUAUUGCUCCGGUAGCAUUGGGAUGGAUGUCGCUACAAUGAAGCUUGUCGAAGGAGGUGUUGCUGAUCGAACCAGACAAGCACUGCUGAACCUUCAGGCGGUUCUGGAGGCCGCUGGCAGUAGUAUUGAAAACGUUGUCAAAGUCAAUGUUUUCCUAACCGACAUGCAGAAUUUUGCAGCCAUGAACAAAGUCUAUGCAGAAUUCUUCCAUAAGGAUCCCAAGCCAGUCAGGACUUGCGUUGCGGUACACCAAUUGCCACUCGGGACCGACGUGGAAAUUGAAUGUACAGCUCAUCAGGGAGAAGAAUUCUUGUCGUCAACGAAUUUGCUAUCAAGGCCAAAUCUUAUGACUAAGGAUUGGUAGCAAGACGUCAGGGAGCCGAACUCUUGAUUACAAGACCACAAACAUUUCAAACUAAAGCAAUUUACAAUUUUUUAACUCCUUGCA